UGGUUUGUAAUUGAAUCUUGUAUAAUUAAGUAAAAAAAGAGUGCCUUGUUGUUGGGUUUAUUGCCAAGGAUACGCGUGGUGGAGUAACAUUAUUUCCCCAGGCUUAAAUAAAAGUAGGAGUGUGGGCUUGUCUGCUGAGCUUUUUGUUGGUAGCCCAGAGUAGGCGGGUUUUUACUCCACCUGCCAAGAAGACCGCUGGGACAAAUUCCGCUCUGCUGGCCUGGAGAAACACUCAAAACUUAUAAAAAAAAAAAAAAGCUCCAGUGGCUUUCUUCUUCUCUAUUUUGCAUGGUGUUGGUGUUGAACCGUUCACUCCACUGUGUCAGUGAUUGACGUGAGAAACUGGAGGAGGAUUCACUCUGGUGUUGGAGACGCGGAUCAGGCUGCAUGGUGCAGUUCAUGCGUCCAUACGGGGCAGAGGAAUUCAUUUUGAUCUGGUCGGUAGCUGAGGACAAACUUUUUUCUUUUGGAGUUUAAAAUUGCAUCUUCAUAAUAAACUGGAUAAAUUAACGCAGCGUUGUUGGUUCGGCGAAAACAUGACGGACAAAUGAUGUUUAACAUUUCUAUAGAUGGAGGUUCAUUCUCUAAAAACUUGGAGGACUUCGACUCUAUUCGCAGUGUUCUCCUUUACAGUGACUUGGAACCAGAAUGGCUAGAUGACAUCCAGAAGAAUGGCGAGCUUUUUUACCUGGAGCUGAGUGAGGGCGAAGAGGAGGCUGCUUUGGCCCAAGCCGCCGUUAAUCAAGGUGUGUCCACUAAUCAUGUUCGCUUCAGCGAAAAGGAGGCCGAGGUCAUCACAGAGCAAAACAAGAAGCAGCGAUGCGGUUCGCGGGCGAAAGGUGAGCCAACGCUUAAAAGGCUGGCAAGGAUCCUCAGGAGAAAACGCCGGCCGUCUCAGCGCAGAGGAGGAGGGAAGGAUGGGGGUAAAGACUGCUCGACUUCAUCGCCUCCGGCAUCCAUCCUGAAGAACCAGCCAGGUCCAAGGCAGGGUGUGACGGUUCAGCAGCAGCAGUUAAAGGAAGUGUGUGUCUACCUCAACCCUAAACGUCUUGCAGGUUCAUCAACACCUCUGUCCAACAGCGGAGGCCUGCUGGAAGCGCUGCUGGGGGUGGUGCAUCGCCCCUCCUGGAGCAGAGGACAGGGAAACACUGCAGUUGUCAGGCAGGAGGAAAGACUGACUGUUCAUGGAUUAAUACCCAACAGCCCGGCCAUCAAAUGUGGCCAAAUCCUAAUUGGUGAUGUGCUUGUAGCAGUGGACGAUGUGGAGGUGACCUCGGAAAACAUCGAGAGGGUUCUGUCCUGCAUCCCGGGACCAACGCAGGUGAGGCUGACGUUGCAGACGGUGGCUCAGGUAGACGGCAGCAGUGCUAGCGACUCUUCAUCGGUCCGUAAGACGAAGGCCUCUCCGCCAGUCAGCCAGCUGGUGCGUCUGCUGUGGGGGGAGGACACAGCCGAACUUCAGAUGUCCAUAGGACACGUUCCGCACAUUGUCAUGUACCUCUCACUUAAAUUGGACUCGGCAUCACCGCAGGACGAGGAGGAGAUCUUGUACCAAUACCCGAUGUCUGAAGCAUCUGGGCAGCUGAAAGGCGUUAGAGGGAUCUUCCUAACGCUGUGUGACAUGCUGGAAAAUGUGACAGGAGGGCGAAUACUCAGUUCUUCUCUCCUGCUUGGGAAACAGCUGGUACAUGUGGGCUACUGGAAGGAAAGCAACAACCUGUUGGUCAUCGGUCUUCCUGCUGAGAGGGUUCCUCUGCUGUAUCUGCAGACGGUGGUGGGAGACGUGGUCCGGACACUAAAAGUGAUGUAUGGCUCUUUAGACAGUGCGUUCUGUAAGGCAGACCAUGCUCCCAGGUUGGACCAUUUCUUUUGCCUGUUCUUCCAGCAGCUCAUCCAGCCGUCUCGCUUGAGGGACGGCUCCUCGGCGCCGACCCCCGACGUCUCAGGGACCCUUUUUCUCGACGGACUGCCGGCGGUCCGAUGGCUCACGCUACCUCCGGAAAUCAAGAUGGAGGUGGAUACUGUUCUCUCUGAUUUUGAGUCUUCUGAUUUUGGAGAAAUGUCUGAGGACUUUUUUGGCCUGAGGCGUCUGUAUGUAAUCCUUGGCUCCUGUUUGUUCUACAAGUCCUACCUGAUUGCCAACCAUCUGCCUAAAGAGGACCUGCUGGAUGUGUGUCUAUACUGCCAGCACUACUGCCUGCUGCCGCUGGCGUCUGAGCAGCGGGUGGGCCAGCUGGUCAUCUGGAGGGAGGUUUUUCCCCAGCAGAGAGCCAACAGCAGCCGCAGCACGGCGCCAGGCUACAGCCAGCCUCAAGGACGGCACUUCCUCCUCAUAGUGGGGCUGAGGCACUUCAUGCAGUGUGUGCUGUUGGAGGCAGGGGGCUGUGCUUCACCAGCUUUGGGCUCUCCGGGACCUGAUUGUGUUUAUGUAGAUCAGGUGAAGGCCACCUUGCUGCAGCUGGAGGUGUUGGAGGCAGGUAUAGAGGAGCGUCUGAAUGCUCCACCUGCUCCCUGCCUGUCCUGUGCUGACUGGUUCCUGCCGGCAGCCACGGCCCGCGACCGCCUGGACAGCCUGGCCUCUUCCUCUCCCGUCUUCAGUAAGCUAGCCGGGGCAGUUAAAGGCUCCUCCUCAGGGUCCAGAGGCCGCAGCCUGUUUGGGGAGAAGGCCCGGAGGUCCAGCCCCCAGAGGAGCAUGUCUGACAGCGGGAGUGAAGGACAGAUGGAUGCUGGGUCAGGGUCUGGUUCAUCAAUGGCUCCAGGUCUCAGUCCACAUUCGACCCCGGACUCAGGGAGGAAGCUGGGGGGGCGUCGGGACUCGCUGGGGUCUGGAGGGUCUGAUGGGAGUGGAGGCAGCGGAGGCCUCUUCAAGAUUCCCAGGAUGAAGCAUCCAAACCCAUUCUACCUGGGCACCCUAAAGAAGACCCUGACUGAGAGGGAGACCGAGGAGAUGUACAACACCAUGAAACUGACCUCAGGUGCAGAGAACACCUUGUUCCACUACGUCCUGAUGGAAACUGUUCAGGGGAUCUUCAUCGCUCCGACUCACAGAGAGGUGGCUCAGCUCAGCGGCUCCAUCCACCCGCAGCUCAUCCGCAACUUCCACCACUGCUGCCUCUCCAUACGGGUUGCGUUUCAGCAGAGCCUGCCAGCCAGGGGCCGUCGUGCUGCAGACAGGCCAGGGGUCGGUGGUUGGGGUCUGGGUCCAGUGAAGGAACACGGGGUCCUGUUUCAGUGUAAACCUGAGAACUGGACUGACCAGAGGAAACCUGCUCCCACCAUGACUUACUGGGUUAUAGGACGGAUGUUGCUGGAGCCCGUCCCUCAGGAAUUCUACGUGUGUUUCCACGACUCGGUGGCAGAGGUUCCUGUAGAGAUGGCCUUCAGACUCUCAUUCGGUCUGGCUUUGUGAUUAUCACAUCCAUGACAAUGAUGGAGACAAACUACAUUUCUUAUAGCAGCUGUUGCAUUCUCAGGAAAACAGUUCAAACUCUGGUGCUCGAUAAAAGCACCUAAGCGCAAACGUGGGGAUUUUCUGAUGGUUGUCCCACUUUCUAGCGGGCGCUACUUGGAGUCUGAAUUAAGUUUACUAAGCUAAACCAAAAAAAAAAACGACGCUGCUUCACACGCAAGUUGACAGAGCAAAUAAGGUUGUAUUGAUAUUGUCACAAUUUGUAUGCAGAGUUGGAAAGACAUGUCAUUUGUUACUUAAUUUAAGAUGUACAGUUUUGUAUGGAAAUUGAGUCAUUUGUUACAAAAUUGAGAUUAAAGAAGCAAUACAGUUUC